AUCUGAGAAGUUCAAGAAAAAUGCCUCCAAUAGUGAUCUAUACAACUCGCCGAACACCGCCAGGUCGAGCUGUAGAACUGACGGCCAAGCUUAUCGGUUUGGAGCUGGAGGUGAAGUGGCUUGAUCUGACUAAAAAGGAGCAUCUCACCCCGGAAUACCUGAAGAUGAAUCCCCAACAUACGAUUCCAACAAUCACAGAUAAUGGAGUGCCAUUGUUCGACAGUCAUUCGAUAAUGAUUUACCUGGUAUCAAAAUACGCCAAAAAUGAUGACCUGUACCCGGAGGAUUUGGUGAUGCGUGCCCGGAUAAAUUCGAUUCUAUUUUUCGAAGCAGGUGUUAUGUUUCCCCGAGUUAGAGCAAUUUUGGAACCAGUUAUCUACCAAGGAUCUACGGAAAUUCCACAGGUCAAGGUCGAUGCCAUCCAUGCCGCAUAUGACUUGUUGGAAGCAACCCUGCAGUCGGAUUAUCUCGUGGGAGAUCGAUUAACUUUGGCUGAUAUAAGUGUGAGCACUUCGCUGUCAACGGCAGCUGGCCUUUUUCCGGUCGAUUCCGGCAAAUAUCCGAAGCUGGCAGCAUACAUGAAGCAUUUGGAAAAGAAUAUGCCACACUACCAGGAAUUCAAUGUCCAGCGGGCAACUGAAGGGAUUGACUACUUCUGGCAUAGGAUGGAGUUUAACAAACAAACGUGAAGAAAUAGUUUUCGUUGUGAAGUGUGGUUGAAUGAAACUAUUAUUGAAAAAGUUUAUCGAUAAAGUCAUUUUUAUUCAACCAUAUUUAUGGUUAAAUUAAAACGAAUUUGUCGAAAUCCACUUCUCAUUCAUAUAUGUACAUGAAGACACUUUGCAAAAUAUUUCAAAAUACAAUAGGUACUUACA